AUGUGUCAUUACCAGUGUCUGUGUUCUUUGUUUUUAACGCAAAUUAAGUCAGUAACAACUGACAGUAUCAAAGAAUGGCUCUCUAGAAUAGUAAUCAUCUCCUCGUCAUGUCCGGAAGUUACCUGCAACAAAAAAGAAAUGGAAUGUUAACACAUGCAAGGGCAAUAUGAAAAAAAAGAAAUAGUACGUGUACAGCUCAGCUUCUCUUAACAUAUUUUCAUACUGGCUUGUUGAGUCUCUUAAAGGUGGCAACUAAUUGUCUGAGGCUAAUUUCACAAGAGUGUGCAAUUGAGAUAAAUGCAUGGUAAAUAAACUGAAAGAAACGUGGUUUCACAUUAGCCAAUUUACAUUCCGUUGUUCGAUGAUGUUUACACGCUUUUCUACUGCGAAAUAAACCUUUGCAUUAGGGUUUGCAAGUCAAGAUUAUCCCGAGUUUGACUGACACUUGAACAACAGUUUCAUUUUUAAGCAGGUAAGGUGUAGACCCGUAUAAAGCCGGAAUAUGUAAAGGAAACUCAGCGAAAACUUUUUCGCAUCUUUGUGGCGAUAUUCUCUCACGGCCCGUCAACUGAUUAGGGGUUGUGAAGAAAAAAUACAUUAGGACCAAAGGUUAAAGCCUGUCCGGUUACAUCAUUUCACAUGUUACCUAGAGUUCUAAUAAACAGGUCAUAAAAUAGGAUUUAACGAGAGCGAAUUUGCUUCUCAAUCGGUGUAUAAAAAAGUGAAGCUAUCAAAUGAGAAGUUUAUGAAGUAUCAAAAUUUUAAAAUUAAAAGGCCAUAUAAUUAGGAAAAUUCCUAAACGAAAACAGUGCUAGUGACAUUAAAUUGAUCUGAUAAAAUUCUCAGAAAAUAUGUCGAAUAAAAGCCUCAUUGUUUCCUUUUGUUUUUGCGUAAAGGUAAAUUUUUCGGCCCACAAAGCAAAGUUGAAAAAGCGACUAAAUCUUAGUUCUUUACAUUGAACAUGUUUAUUAGCUUAGUUUUCGUCCGUUUUAAAAGCUUUAUAACCCAAUAAUAAUUUUCGGGUUAAAAUAGUACAAAAUCAUUUCAAAAACCAUGUUCAUUUAAAGAAGAGCCGACAAACGUGAACAUUUUGUAAUUCAAACAUCGGACCCAGCCAGGUUGUUUAAGCUUAGAAUUUUUUGCAUUUUAGCGUCCUAUAAAUUUACCAGAAUCGCCUCUCAGGGGCUUACUGUAGUAAAGCAUUUUGUAUUACACUCGUAGACAAGCAAUGUAAGGUAUAAGUCGUUGCUUGGAUGAGACAUCCCAAAGAAAAAUUAGUUUUGUGGACCUGAACGCACAUUCACAGACUGCUUAUAUGAGUUGUUUACAACUUUGCAUUGACACCUGCAGCAUGUUCAUCUUUUUAAAGCGAAAUCCAAAUCUGAUUUUGGCAUUUGAUAUACGGAUAUUUUAUUUUGUCUCCAAAAGUGAUUUUAAUAUCCGUUUGAUUGUCUUUCAAACAACAGUCAAACUAUGCAGCAAAAAUAAGUAACCUUACCAGUGUACUGAAAAAAUAUGACCGUCGGUGCCAAAAAUAAUUAUGCUCGAGCUAUAAAAUUAAAUCUGAUUUUUUUAGCUUUGGUUUCUAUAUUUUUGAAGUUUUCUCUAGUCUUCUUAACAGCAGAACAAGAUUACAAGACGUACAAACAGAAACAAUCCGAAGUAAACGAGUUGACAACCACUUAUGCCUGAGGGUUCUUAGGCAUGCUCAACAGCAAGAUAAAACUGAAUACCAAAAGGAUAAUUCACGGAAUUUGUUCGAUAUUCAGGCUUUUUCUUUACAAAUUAAUACUAAAUUUGUACUUACAGUCUCUUGCAGAAUUCCUUUCUUGUCCAGCAUUCACCAACAUCUCAACCAUUAGUCCAUCAGCUAGGGGGGUUGUAUGGCUCACUUAAGGGGAACAAAAAAAACAUGUAUAAUCGAAAUCUUUGAGUAAAAAGCAUCACAAAAAUGCAUGAUAGCAAGGAUAGAGCGGUAGCUUUCACUUUGCAAAUCGAAUUUUAAAUUUGCCACUUAAACCUUUAUUUUAGUCGCCAUCUUGGAUUUAUAAACAAACCUUUGAUUCCCUCUUAAUUUAAACACACGAUUCUUUUAAAGAAGAUUUGAACUACUAGGUAUCUGAGAUAUUAUUUUAGCAUUGUUAAGGUUAGUUAAAAUGUGAUGACGUCACAUAUGACGUCACAGUGACCGCCAUUUUACUUUUAAAAGAAGACUAUUCAACUGAUAUCUCAAUCAUCUAAAUAAGAAAAUUGCCAUUAACAUUAAUUAAACAUAGCAAGUUCUUCUUUUUCACAUUACAAACCUGUUUUGUGCUGCAAUGGGCAAAUUUGACUUUCUUAUAAGGAAAAAGGCCAAUUCGAAACAAAUUGGUAACUUUCUUUAACCCUUUGGUGACGGCCGGCGAGUUGCGAAAAAACUACAUUUUUCCCAAAUUCCUCUUGUAUGGAUUGGCUUUCGGCUAAUUAGCGUGGCUAAAAGAAUGGCUAAAAAUGAUUUUUACAUCAAAAAAGGCAUAUUUUCAGACUAAUCGGACGUAAUUAAACGGCUUUUUUUGUUUUUCACGCAUGCGCACAGGCCAAAAUUUUGACUUUAUUUGCGAAUCUAUUUCGAUAUCUCUCUAUCGCUCUCUUUUUUUUCUUUGCCUUGCUUGUUUAUUAGCAGUUUGCCCACUUUAUCGUCUUUUUUGCAUGGAAUUGGGGCUGGCCAACUUUUUAGGAAAGGGAAAAAUUUAUUCUUCAAAGAGUAGCAGAUAGACAAUGACAUUGGCAGUGGACUUUUCCUCAAAAUGUUACCUUUUUUGUGAGUGUAACGUUGUCAGGAUUAGUCAGAAUAUCCAAAACGAGAUAUCACUGGAUACCUUAUGUGACGUUGUUGCUUACAAAUUUAUUAACUUAAACUGAAAGCUAAAUGGGUUUAGGAAGGAAAACAUGCCUGAUCAUGCAUCGUUCCAUAUGGAGUGAUAACGACCAAAGCAGUCGUCGAAGGUUUUAGGCCAUCGAAACCACAAUGCUAGAAGAACAUGUUUAGAGCUAUUGUAACUUCGUUUUCUACGGCAAGUAAAACAGACCUAACUAACAUCACGGAAACAGAUACAUUGGAAAAAAAUUAUUGGUAUUGCAAAUGUAAACUGCUUAUCGCAAGCCUUCACAGUCUUUUUAAGGCUUCCAGCCCAAAAAGACACUGUUCAAGACGCUUUUAAGCGAAUUUACUAUCAAAAUAGAAUUUUACCAUUAAAAGAUUCUACUAUUAAAAUAGUAAAAUUCUACACCCAGUUUAAUACUCAAGACCUUGUGUUCAGCAGCAUAUACCUGACCUGUAUAAGCCAAAUAAGGGAGUGCCCCUCCCCCCCUCCCCCACCUCCUCGAAACGUGCUCCAGAACUUGUUUUAGAACAAAAGCCCUAUGAUCCCAUAAUUGACAUCAUUCGCAUAACACCAUUCUUCACUGCUGACAUUCGCGUUCGGAAAAUUUAACAUAAAUAUAGAUUCAAAUGUACAGCAUUUUCUGCUCUAACAUAAUAAGCUGAAGAAGCGUUCAUACGCAUGAGUUGCAACUACUCUACCUUAACGUGCCAACAAGGGGAGCAGAACGAUGGUUUCUCUUCACAUUGAGGCUUGAUAAUUGCUCCUCUAAGUCGAAAAGAUGAGUCGCAUGGCGGCAGAUACUCCAGCUUGACCUUCCAGCCUUAAGCUGGGGACGAAUCUCGUAGCAGCGCACUAUGCCACUUCUUUCUGUACAGUUCACAUACGCGUGCUUCCGUAUGUUGAAUUUAAAGUUCUCAUUGGAUACUGAUCACUCUUUCCCGCGAUACUCGACAUAACUCGGACGCACCCUCCAUCGUUUGGAGAAGCUGGGGCCCGUUUCUCGAAAGUCCCGAUAAUUAACGGGCCCGGUAAGCUGUCUCCGUUUACAUUAAAGAUCAAGGUUUCAAUAGUUUUGCAUCUAACAUGAUAAAACUGUCAGUUAAUGAAACAAAAUGGAGUAGUUUGCUAGCCAGGACCCGCGCUCUUAUUCUUUAUAUUUCGAUUUGAAUAUUUGAUUUCGGGCCCGUAANUGUUGAAGUAGAGCAAGAGACGAGUGCACCCCCUCCUAAAAAAAAAUCCUGGAUCCGCCCCUGGUCAAGUGUUUGCUAUUCUCUAUUUUCCAAUUGCCCAUAAUACACUCUGUUUGUCCCCCAAAUUCUGCAUAAACCAUUGUUUUUAAAUGCUCCUGGGAGUAUGGCAUUUUCCCAAGAGCAUUUCAAGACAAUAAGUUAUGCAAAAUUUGGGGGGCAAACAGAGUGUAUUAUGGGCAAUUGGAAAAUAGUCAAUGAGCAAGUAGUAGGACAAAGACAUCAGUCUCAGUGUCAGAGUAUCAGAGUGCAUCACACUGUCAUUCCUACGCGCAUGCCGAGUAUACAGAACAAUACGCGUAUCAGCCUCUUCGUCACGGAACUGUAGCUCGGGAACUGGGUCUCUGGUCACCAUGUGUCUGCCUCUUGUCGCCCGACUGGCCUUCAGUUAUGACACGGGGAGUUCAUGAUCCAAUUGCCGAGUCUGCUUCUAAAUGCUUCAGUUUUGCCCUGUCGAGCACAAGGAAUUUGACGAUUUCAGUUUAUUUGUGUUGGAACUGAGCUCGUUCUAUGACUUCACAGUAUAGUGCAUCGCAGUAAAUCCCUGUAUUGUACACUGUCAGCGGUAGACAUAAUUUUCAGUCUUUUUUGAUCAACACCCCGCACUACACGUCAACCACUUCGUUUACGCACCUGCUGCGCGAAGUUAGUUACUCUAAGCGACCACAUGGAACAUAGCGCCAGAGGAGAUCUACAACUUCUGUAGCCUGCCGUUUCAUCGAAACUGCCGGUUUUGUUCUCGGGUUGCCGGAACUGUCCCAGAAGUGCCAUCCAAGCACAAGAGGAAGUACUAGAUCCUUGUUGAUAACCUUAUGCACAGCCUUCACCUUAGCUUUCUUCACUGGAUCAAAGAAAGCGUGUGAUUGGAUGAGCAACGGCUCAUAAUAAAGUCAUUCGCUGCUGAUUUCUCUUGUCCGUGGAGUGCAGUUAGUCAUCACUUACUUCUGUGUAGACAAGCUUAGCGAGUUGCAAAUCUCUCUCGUUGGUGAACUUAAUUCGGCCAUUACAUUGAUUUUGAUGAGACGUGCGAGGAAUUCACAUUCAGCUGAAACCUCUGAAACUGACUCCGGUCAUGGACGUGUGACUGGAUAAGGUUGUCCACUAAGAAAUUGUUUUCAAUAGGAGACUCUAUUCAAUACACUUGCAAUGUAAACAUAUGAUUUAUUUCCUUACUCUUUUCGGAAACACUUUUCUAAACCUUACAUUUCUUCUAGUCAUUAAACAAAUAGCGAACUGCCGGUCUUAUUGAGUGACCAAUAACGGGCCGAUUCAAUGUUGAUACAUAGGGAUAGGCAUAGGACCUCAGGUAGUUAUAAUUUAAGCACUAUAAUAAACGGAAGUCAUGUUUUUAGUUCAAAUAUGUUUUAAUUCUACGCUAAAACAACAUUUGUUUAAGUUAAAAGAAUAUAAGCAACUUCUCAGCCUUCCCCAAAAUUCAAGAUGGGGGCCAAAAGGAGAUUAUGAGAGACAAAUUUAAAUUUCGAUUUUCAAAGUGAAAGCUACCGUUUUAUCCUUGCUAUCAUGCAUUUUCGUGAUGCUUAAUAGUCCAAGAUUAAUAUGUGACAUGUUUCGGCUGUUCCCCCCGAGUGAGCCAUAAACUCAAAUUUUCGGCUCUCAGCUGAUGGACUAAUGCACCGCAGAAAAAAAAAAGACAAACAAGUGCGAAGAGACAUGACGACAUCGUGACGCCACAACUGCCACGCUACAACAAACUAAAUUCAUCGUCAUCCGAAAACACUUCUGCGGAAAUCCGGCCGAUUUCGUGCGUGCUCGGGGUAUCUUUGGAUGAGGCAGAUGACGUUGCUGAAAGGACUAUCGUCAGCAAGGAGUAA